GAACAAUUCAGGGUCCUCGUAACCGGUUCUAUAUAAAAGCACUGGCUACGUCAACGGGAGGAGACACUCUCUGCGAGUAAUCGGGCCGGUGAUGACCAAACCGUAAGGUCAUCGUAUUGCGACACCCAACUAUCGAUCUUUUAGCGAAAAUCGCGAAUCGGUUCGUCUCUCGAAAGUUAACAAAGGAACCAUUGUGUUUAGCAUCUUCCAAAAACCACCAUUUGAUUCAACCUGAAAAAUUUGAAAAACCGGUUGUGCUUCGUUGCAAUUUGCUUCGAUAUCGAAGAGGAUAACGGGAUAGGUGAUAUGAAAGAAAACACGUGCGUCGUAAAGUUGAGAUCAGUGGAAGAAAGCUGAGACCGCAGAAUCGAUCGGUAAAGGUGGUCAAGGAGGAUCGGAGAGAUUCAUUAGAGUGAUUGGUGAUCGCUGUUCGAUUCCGAGGCGAAGUUUUCGAGGAAAAAAGACGAGAACGAAUUGGACUUAGGCCGAGCAGAAACGAGAGUGCUCGUUAGAAAGGUGCGCAUGAACCAGUGAAAGUUGGCCGGUCGCUGAAUUCAGGUGUUUCGAGGAUAGUGUACGCCGUUGUUAAAACCGAUACCCUGGAACGGUGCCAUUUUUCUCGACACUGUUGGAUCUCCGUCGUACAGCCAGGAAGCGAAGUCGAAGGCGACACGCUUGCUGAAGAAGGACACGUACGUCAGAAACUGCUUUUGAGAUGGGAACGAUCCUGCAGCAGUCGGUGUUAAAAGGCCGACAGACCAAUGGCAGCAAGGAGAAGGAUUUGCUUCAUAAAUUAUUCAAAGAGUCGGCAGAGAAUAAUUCCAGUCAGCCGGCAAUCUACUACGAAGACGACGAUGGAAAGGUGUACGCGAUCUCUUACCAGGAAUUGCACCUGCUGACCAAUCGGUUGGCCAGGGUUUUGCAGAAAUGCGAGAAACCGGAGAACACCGCGGCGUCGUUCGUUGGAGUCUGCAUGAAACCCUCUCAUCGUCUGCCCACCGUACUGCUGGCGAUAAUUAAAGCUGGGAUGGCGUAUCUGCCUCUGGACGUAGAGUUCCCCAUGUCUAGGAUGAAACACGUUCUGCAGGAAGCUAAACCUUUCGUCGUACUUGUCGAGGAACACGCCGAUUUAUCGAUGUACGAGGGAACGAAUACUAUCACGUACGAGCAGCUGUUGGAACUAGCGAGACACGAGGAGGAGCAGGAUUUGGAGAUCGAGGAGGACCCUGAAAGAAUCGCUAUCGUUCUCUAUACUUCCGGUAGCACUGGAACACCUAAAGGAGUGCUUUUGCCACACGCGACCAUACUGAACCGUUUGCGAUGGCAAUGGAGAGAGCUGCCUUACGGAUCCGACGAGCAGCGUUGCGUCUUCAAGACGUCUUUGACUUUUGUCGACAGUGUGUCCGAAAUUUGGGGACCCUUGUUACAGGGACGUACCUUGAUGGUCGUUGCUAAACACGUCACGAGGGACCCGGAGAAAUUUGUGCAAUUAUUGGAGAAACACGAGAUUCAACGAUUGGUGCUGGUACCGUCUUUGUUGCAAUCGAUGCUGAUGUACCUGAGUCUACGUAACAAGGACAACAUACUCCGUUCACUCAGACUUUGGGUAUGUUCCGGUGAAACGUUGCCAGUCUCGUUGGCGGACGAAUUUUUCACCACAUUUGCAAACGACGAUAAUAAAAUUCUGGCGAACUUUUACGGGAGCACGGAAAUCAUGGGAGACGUCACCUAUCAUCUUAUAAACGACCCUAACCAGCUGCAAUCCGUCGACAAAGUGCCCAUUGGAAAACCGCUGGACAACUGCAUAAUCUACAUCGUGAACAAAGAAAUGCGCCUGGUUCCGCAAGGGGAAGUUGGCGAAUUAAUAGUGGCAGGAAGGAACCUCGCUGCAGGAUACAUUCGAGACAAUGAUUCCCACAAGUUUCAAGAUAACCCGCACGCUAUCGAUCCAGAGUACUCGAGGAUAUAUUGCACCGGGGACUACGCCAAGAUAUCAAAAGGGACAGUGAUAUACGAAGGCCGAAUGGAUUCGCAGAUCAAAGUCAGAGGCCACCGCGUGGACCUCACGGAAGUUGAGAACGCUGUGUCCAAAGUUCCAGGAGUCGACAAAGUGGUGGUUCUCUGUUACAAACCCGGAGAACUGUCGCAGACACUGAUCGCUUUCGUAACCGUCACCGGGUGCACGUGCGACCAGAAAAUCGAGGAGAUCCUCCAAACUACCUUGCCACCCUACAUGCUUCCGCGAAUCAUCGUAAUGGAUAAUAUACCGCUUUUAACGAACGGGAAGACCGAUCGGCAGGCUUUGCUGAAGCACUACGAGUCUACCAGCCUUAAUAACGAAAAUGAGCAAUUCAUGAACUGCGAUUAUACGGGUGUGCGCGAGGAGGACCUGGCAAAAGCGAGAGUCCUGUUUCCGACGGUGGCGUCUGUAAUAGGAGGAGGUCGUUCAAAUGUCACGCCCGAUGCAAAUUUCUACGAGCUAGGCGGCAACUCGUUGAACUCCAUUUACACGGUGACAAAGCUGAGGGAUCAGGGCUACGAGAUAGGCAUUACGGAAUUCAUCACGGCGAAGAAUCUGGCCGAGGUACUCAGCCGGAUGAGGAUCAGCACGGACGACGUUCCUCUAGAGAAUAACAUCAACGAAGACGAGCAUAUUUUUGAAAUGCUCAACGACUCUCAUAAAAACGAUGCGAUAGAAAUUAUUACGGAAAGCUUCUACAGCAAAGCGGAUUUAGAGCAGUGGCUGAUGCCGGGUAUAACAAAAGACGACUACCGGGUAAUGAUGGAGAUCAUGUGGGAGCCUCUUGUGGAGAAGAAUUUGAGUUUCGUAGUGAAAUCGGCUCGAGACGGCAGAACGAUCGGUGUAGGCUUGAAUUUCGAUCUGUGGGACGAGCCUGAGCUGAUACUCGACUCGAAGUUGAUGAUUGUCUUCGAGUUUCUCGAAUACUUGGAAGCGCCGAUCAGGGAACGAAAAUUACCUAAAGGAAAGGGUCAAAUUAUUCAUAAUUUCAUGAUGACGACGAGCGGUGAUCUGAAUCCUGCAGAGAACGUGAUCAUGAUGAAAGUCAUGGAGGAGUACUGCUUGAAAUUGGCGCAGAGGAAGGAGUACGCUGGAAUCUUCACCACGAACACCAGCCCGCUUACGCAGCAACUAGGUACAGACGUGUUUGGGUAUGAAACGAUGCUUACUUACCAAGUGAACAAAUACAAUGCUCCAGACGGCACGAAGCCCUUUGGAGAAGCACCGGACAGUCAACUGGCAAUUUGCUCGUUGAAAAUGAUCGCUUAACGUUGCCUAAAAGGAAACGGAAAUAUUAGCGUGAUACGAGCGGUGGCGACAAUAAAAUUGAUGUAAAUUUAAGAUAAUAUAGGAAGUCGAGUAUUAAUUUAUUGUAAUCGUAUAAUUUCGUUUGGUGCUCACACGAAAUAAUCAAUUUAUGUUUCGUGUUCGGAAAAAAUCUUAUGGAGAUCUCAGACAAUCAAAAAUACACAUACUGUCAAUAUUUUAGAAUUCUCGGUAUUUAUUGAUGAUACUGAAACACUGACAAUAUUGUGUUGAAUAUACAAUGAUUAUCUGAACCCUCCAUUAUUUUCAUUACUUCUUUUAUAUGCGCCACUUUGUUAACGUAAUGACGCAUAUCGAAGAAACUACGAAAAAUUGUAAAUAUUUUUGUACAUAGAGAUAGUACACAUGUGAUAAUGUUGAUGUAGGCGAAUAUACUUUACCCAAAAUUGUUAUACAAUGAAAAUUAAAAUUAGUCAAUUGUAAUACAAAUGUAAU